AUGGCAAUGAACGAAGACUUCAAUUUUGCCGAACUGUGCAGACUUUGCUCAUUGAAGAGUAACCAUCAGCUUCAGAUCUUCGACAAAGAAGGCGAACAGCGGCAGUUACUUUUCAAAAUACGUUCCUGCAUUCCUGCUGUGAUAACGAAAGAGGAUGCAUUACCAAAAAAUAUCUGCCAGAGAUGCGUGUAUAAACUGGACAUGUUUUACGAGUUUCGUGUAAGCUGCAUGACCACAGACACGGUGCUAAAAAAUUACGCGGAUAGUUUGAAGCAUCUCGCAGCAACGGUGAUCCAGGGCACGGAGAAGGACAAGAUGUCUAAUGGUAGCCAGCAGCAGCAGCAGCGAUCGGCUUACGCGGAAGCGCACGCGGUGGCUCAUGCCGCAGUACAGCAACACAUGGCACAACAAGCGGCGCAAGCGAGGCUGGCAGGUCCUGGCCCACCUGCAACACCUCAAGCGCCUAAUCCCACGUUUACUUUGCCCGACGAUGGCCUCGGCUACGACGACGGCGUGCGCGUGCUACGUUCCCUCGGAACGUGGUCUCCGGAUUACUCAGCGGCGAUGCGUCCUGGCGGAGUGAUGCCUCCGUUUCCCGGUGCGAUGGAUCAGCAGUUCGCCAGCAGAGCACCGACAAUAAAUCAACCGUUGAGAACGACGAACAAUGUACCGUCUCGUCCGGGAUUUGCAUCGAAGGCUACCAAUACGGGCGAACCGGCGAUAAAGGCGUUCGCCUGCACCGUAUGCGGCAAAGGGCUUGCCCGUAAGGACAAACUCGUUAUUCACAUGCGUAUCCAUACCGGGGAGAAACCGUAUUCCUGCGAAGUUUGCGGAAAAGCGUUCGCGCGCAGAGAUAAGCUAGUUAUUCACAUGAACAAACUUAGACACAGACCGGGGGUAGCGCCGCUGUCUACGCCCGCUGCCCCGAAUUCGGAGCAGCAGCAGCAGCAGCAACAGCAGGCUCAACAGCAGCAGCAGCAGCAACAGCAAGCUCAACAGCAGCAGCAGCAACAGGCUCAGCAGCAGCAGCAGCAAACUCGACAAGACACUAUACACAAGCUGAAAGAGGAACCGGUCAGUUGGGCGUGCGAGUUGUGCGGUCGAGCAUUGGCCACGAGAGAAGAAUGGAUGCAACAUGCUCGGUCUCAUUUGGAGGCGUCGGCCCCGCCACAACACGCUGCUCCUUAUUUCCCAGCGUCGACGGCGCCACCGCAACCGUACGCGUCCGAGAGGCAUUUCUGUCUGAUGUGCCGUACAGAUUUUACGGACAAGGCCGAAUUCAUGUUCCACGUGCGCUCGCAUUUCGAACCCCACGUGCAACAAACGCCGCCCCAGCACUCUAGUGUCAAACAGGCUGGCGACCCGGCGACGGCGGAACUCAUUGCACGCGGUCUCGUCGAUCCGUCGGGAUUAUGCAGCUAGAAUUAUCCUUCCUGUCAAUACGUACCAUCGAUUCGUGUCUUACCAUAGUACAAGUUCUCCACUCCAUUUCGACCAGGACUUUUUGCAUAGGAUUGUCAUGCAUAUUGUGAUUGUAAUGAAUAUGUACUGAUUUAUUAAUAAGAGAUGCACAGUAGUAUGUUCGUGCACAACGAUCGUCGCAGAGAGGUAAGUCGUUUUAUUUUACGUUACGGGAAACACAUUCGUUGCAGCUUCGAGAAACCGUCGUAUACUUUUAACGUCCGUUAACACAAAGUGCACCGCCUUCGGUAACGAAUCACAGAGAACGAUAUUUUUCGCAUUACGCAACAUAUCAGGAAAAUAAGAAUCUCGGAAUAAUCGUAGAAGUACUACUGUGUGUCCCGUAUGUAUGUAUAUGAAUUAAGGCAUACGUUAUUCGUGAACUGUUUAGGUAUUGACGCGAUACUGAUUUAUGGUAAGAGAUUCCACUAUUGCGUCGGUAUUUAAAUGCAACUACUUAAUAGUAUACGUUCCUACAUAGCUAGCU